AUGAUUGUAUGCUUUGUGAGGAAGAAUCAAUCUAUAUCUGGAACAUUGACCUCAUUUUCAAUUCCAACACCUUUCAUAAUCUUCUUGUUGGCGUUUCUCGUGGUCUACACGUUAUCUGUGGUAGGGAUGUACUUUAGUUUAAGUGUGAAGGAAUCCGAAAAGUUGCAGUUUAUCAAAGAGAAUCUUCCCGAGUACCUUUCCCAAUUUGAGUCGCUACCCAAUUUUUCUAUUUACCAAGCCAACUCGAUGCUCUUCAUAAUGGUUAUUGUAGCCGUCACUGGUGGAUUACUAGCCUUUUUAUUCUUUAUAGCAGUUCUUUAUAACAUUUUCCGAAUGCUGAAAUUCAUAAAAAUCCAAAUGUCACCUACUACAUACCGACGACAUCGAGCAGCCGUUUAUAGUCUUGUAGCUCAAUUUGCUACGUCAUCAGUAUGCUUCCUGCCUCCGCUGUCUCUGGUUUUUGUGGUUUUCAUCAAGCUUCCGCAUGCCCAAGUCCUCGUCGAACUCUUACUUGUCAUCGCCUGUUUCCAUUCUCCUCUCAAUGUUACAGUACUCGUGGCCACCUUCCCACCGUACCGAGCGUUUUUCAGCAGGGUUGUAUUGAGAAGAGAGUAA